AUUUUCAAAUUACAAUCGUCUCUCUGAAAAAUCACCUUUAAUUCUGGGAAUUAAUAGAUAGAAAGUAGAUUUCAUCUGUGUCCGUUGUUUGAGAAGCUGAGUUAAUCCAAAGAAUGGAAACAUUUGCAUCGUUCUUCGACUCCCAAUCGGCCUCUGGGAACCGUUGGAAUUAUAAUUCGCUGAAGAAUUUCCGCCAGAUUUCACCUGUCGUUCAAACUCAUCUCAUACAGGUUUAUGUCUCACUAUGCUGUGCUUUAAUGGCAUCGGCUGUAGGGGCUUACCUCCAUAUCCUUUGGAAUAUCGGAGGUUUUCUUACUACCUUAGCAUCUGUCGGUAGCAUCAUUUGGCUAUUCUCCGUGCCUCCUUAUGAAGAGAAAAAAAGGGUUUCAUUACUUAUGGCCGCUGCGCUCUUUCAAGGGGCCUCUAUUGGUCCUCUGAUUGAAUUGGGUAUUGACUUUGACCCAAGCAUUGUUCUUGGUGCUUUUGUUGGUUGUGCUGUGGCAUUUGGUUGCUUCUCGGCAGCUGCCUUGGUAGCGAGGCGUAGAGAGUACCUGUACCUUGGAGGCCUACUGUCUUCUGGUCUCUCCAUCCUCUUCUGGUUGCACUUUGCGUCUUCAAUUUUUGGUGGUUCUAUGGCCCUUUUCAAAUUUGAGUUGUAUUUUGGUCUUUUGGUGUUUGUGGGCUAUAUCAUCGUUGACACCCAGGAAAUAAUUGAGAAGGCACACUUUGGGGAUCUUGACUAUGUGAGACAUGCCCUGACCCUAUUCACUGAUUUCGGCGCUGUCUUUGUUAGAAUCCUCAUCAUCAUGUUAAAUAAUGCUCUUGAAAAGGAAGGGAAGAGAAAGAAGAGGAGAAACUGAGUUAGCUGAGCAGCAAUGAUGUAGGCAGUAUGCUAGAUGACUCUUAACUUGUUUUCCUUUGUAACCCAAAUGUUAUAGCAGUUUAAAUUUAUUAGGCUUAUGAAGUGCUGUGUAUGUGUUUUGUACAUGUGACAUGUAAUUCAUCUCUUUCUUUUUCUCUCUAUCAAAUGGUAUAACAGUAUAACUUUGAUAAUUUUCU